AGUGCUCUGUUAGGAACAUAAGGAACCAUCAGAUCUCUGAUAUAAGAUGGAGCUUGGCCAUUUAAGGCUUUAUAUGUGAGAAGGAGGAUUUUAAAUUCUAUUCUUCAUUUAACAGGAAGCCAUGUGUGGCGCUUCUGCUUAUGAAUUUAAUUGUACACCUGUUUGAAUAUCCCCAAAACGGACAUUUGCUGCCACCUUGUGGCGUAGAUGUAACAUUACAAAAAAACAAUGUCAUCACCGAAUAUUACCUGCUGUCAUCAUCGGGUGUUUCAGCAAGUGCUUUAUAUGUUUAUGUAUGAAUAUUUAUAUGUUAUCUAACAGUUACGAUAAAUGUAAUUGGAUGAGAUGUUGGGGUUUUUAUGCAGGAUAAAACGUUUGGAGGGUUUGCUGGACGGUAUGCCUUAAAACAAUACUGUCACUUGGAAUUUUCUAAUUUUCAAGAGUCUACAUUUUCAUAAAGCAAGAAAAUGCAACAAUAUUGUCUGCCUCCUCUUCUUAUCGAUGCAUUCGACAAUCACUACAUCAACAGCUCUGUCUGUAUCCCAGCAUGGGCCCGGAAGUUGUUUGGGUUUCAGGUGAAAAAAAAAGAAGAAAGAAAGAAAAAAGGAACGACAGAAAGGAGGAGAGGAAGAUCCCAGGGAUGCUGCCGCCGCUGGGGGAAACAAACAGCCAGGCGGACAAUUAAAGAGCAGAGCACCGAUCGGCCGCCAGGCAUCUGGUGAAAGAAUGAAUGCUGAUGAAUGUAAUGGAGGCUCAUAUCCACAAGGUAAUGGCGGCGAAUCAACAGCAGAGCAGGAUUUUUAUGGUGGGUUGCGGGCCACUUCUGCAAGAUCUCCUAGCAGCCAGCAGUCCUCUCCCCUUCGCUCAUUAAGUGACUCCAUUAAGGUGGAGCUGUGUAGCGAUGAAGAGUCUUCAGGUGCCCGUCAGUCUGAGAACAAAGAGGCCGUAGGGAGUGACAGUGGGAAAAAUGACAGAGCGGGUCCUGCUGAAGAAGGAGGUGCUGCUUUUGCCGGGAGCAGAGGAGAGGGAGGAAACAUUUACAAUGAGACGGCUACUCCUAAUUCGGCCUCGCCUGGACCUAUCCGGCUGCCCAACGGGAAGCUGCAGUGUGAGGUGUGUGGGAUGGUCUGCAUUGGACCUAAUGUGCUGAUGGUCCACAAGCGCAGCCAUACAGGCGAGCGUCCAUUUCAGUGCAACCAGUGUGGAGCCUCCUUCACCCAGAAGGGUAACCUGCUGCGUCAUAUCAAACUUCAUUCAGGAGAGAAGCCUUUCAAAUGUCCUGUUUGCAGCUAUGCCUGCCGCAGGAGAGAUGCUCUGGCAGGUCAUCUGCGCACUCAUACAGUUUCUUCCCCUACGGUGGGAAAACCUUACAAGUGCACCUACUGCAGUCGCAGCUAUAAGCAACAGAGCACGCUGGAGGAACAUCUGGAGCGCUGCCAUAGUUACAUGAAGACUCUGGAACCUGCACAGAUGCAACUAGGUGAAGAGUCAGUAAAUAUGGAAAGCAUCUCUAAGCCUGCGUUGCAGCCGUCCAAUGAGAAAAGGCCGUUUGUGGACAGACUGACUGUCAGCAUAACCAAACGCAAGAGGUCAACGCCACAGAAGUUUUUAGGAGAAAAGCACAUGCACCUUGAACCACCAGAAGCACCUUACGAACUGUCCUCUGGCUCUGAAAAGGAAGGGGAUCUCCUGAGCUCCCAUUCUGCUGGAGACUCAUCCGGUCUGGUUAGUUCACACCUCCACUUUGCGAGAGGUAAAGCUGAGAACCACGAGUCCCCCUCGCUGCCUCAGCUCCACCCUGGCUUUGUGGCGGAGCUACGAACUGUUGUUGGUUCCCUCAACAGCAAUGUGGUUCCUCAGGCCCUCCGACCUCAUGGGAGUGUGGGGCUUGCAGCAGUGUCAGCCGGGCUCCCCAGGGAGGCUGGGGAAGGCCGGGAUGACCAGCCCUCCACGCACAGUCACACCACCUCACCCAACGGCUGUCCAGACUCUACGGACACAGAAAGCACAGCGGAAGAGCAGAGCACAAGGGCUUCGGCCCCGACGAGUACCUCCAACAACCAUCACCUCCACUACCUGACCCCAGCGCUGCCCCGCAGCCUCCCCACUGCCAGCCCCAGCCAAGCCAAAGACUUGGAGACAGAGUGGGGUCCUGUGCCCCCGGGUGUAAUAAAGAGGAACCAAGGAUCACCGCUCUCUGCUAGGAACAAUUUGCAGGUUUUAGACAGGGCCGGCAGGCCGGUGCGUUCCUUCUACUGCCGGCACUGCUGCAUCCUCUUCCUGGACCACGUCAUGUACACAAUCCACAUGGGCUGCCACGGCUUCCGCCAACCAUUCGAGUGCAACAUCUGCGGCCAUCCCAGCCAAGACCGCUACGAGUUCUCAUCUCACAUCAGCCGUGGAGAGCACCAGGUGGGCUAAAGACGAGGGGGGCUGCACGAGGAGUAGGUUGUCGCUGUAAUAUAAAAGGGGGCUCAUGUUUGUUCUGCACCAGAUCAGCUGCUUUAAAUCCCUACUUUAAGUCAAAUAAAUCCUGAGUUUACUUUGGACUUAUAUCCCACAUGGCAUAGGUGAGUGGAAAAUCUUUUUAAGGCAUUGGUUAGAUUAGUUUAGACAAGUAAAUUAUGUAAGUGAUUGCACUCCCUUAUCAAAUCACAUGGCAAACUAAAGGUUUUGCCUUAGAAGUGCCUUUGGGGAUUUCCUCUGAACACACACUCUAACACAACAAAACACACACCCACACAAAAAGAAACAGAGGAGAACUGGUGCUCAAGAAACUCGAUUAGCCAUCCUUUCCUCGGUUAUUUAGAGAAUGAUCACACCUAGGAGGUCAUGUUCACAUGCAGUUCUUGAAAGCAUUUAUUAAAAAUAUAUUUUAUCCAAUGUGCACUAAGAUUUCUGCAUUAGUGGCUGAGGAGGGUGCUUUUGUGUGUCAGGUAUGCUACAUAUGCACUGAGAGCGGUGUGUCUAUGAGUGUGGGGGGGAGUUUUUGUCACAGAUGAAGCACAGACGCGGACUGCCUUAACUCCUACAGUUGUGACUGUUGUAGGAAAACAUAUUGUUUACAGCUCGGUUCAACGGCGCGCCAAGUAGGCAUGGGCUGGUGGGAGAUUUUCAUGGUAUAACAGUAAAACAAGCCAGGCUUUUAUUUUUUUUAUUAAAUAAUUUUAUUUCUUUUUUUAAUAAAACCAGUUAGCAAAAAACAUUCCAACUAAAAUAUUAGUUACAAUUAUAACAUCAUCUAAAUAAUUGUUGAUGUAAUUAUUGUUUCUUUUAACUAAAUCCAAACUUUGAAUAAACAACUACAACAGUUAGUUGUGCUUUGUAGUGGCGCUACACUGCAAAAACGAUCUAGAAAUAAGUCAAAAUGUCUUAAAUUAAGUGUAUUUACCCUUGAUUUGAGUAGGUU